AUGACCGGAGAUGCUCAUAUCGCGGAGGGACAGUCGCUCUCAGCAGAAGAGCGGCCGGAUGUGCCACUCGGGGCCAUUGUUGGCAUAACGCUUGGGUCAGCACUUUUCCUCUUUUUAGUCCUUGGCUUCGGCCUCGUCUGGCUUGGAAAGAGAAGGGCUGCGAAGCAUCGCAAUUCUUUUCAGGCCCGGGGACUGGUUUUAGAAGAGGACGUGGACGAGGAACGAGUGGGAAGCCCGAACAAGCUGCGAAAGCGCGACAUGCCCGAGAACAUGAUGGGUGAUCGUUCGCCAUCACCGAUCCAGAGAAUACCACUACCAGUUCUUCCACCCAUCACUUCGCGCCGGGCUUCAUUCAACAACUUUUUCGGCGGUAUGGGUGUUGGGAGCAAAAGGGUAGCUGGUGACGCAGGAGGCAGUCCAAGGAGGCGAAACUCGAACUGGAUAGACGAGGAUGCCAUCCACGGACCAAAAGUCAAGAAGCACAAGGACACCAGCGGGAAGAAAUUGAUACGGGACUCUUGGCCUCUCAAAGCCAUGGUGCCGACGUUGCCCAAGCUGCAUCACCACACGGGAAGCCAUCACAGCCAGCAGGGCGAGCACUUGUUUGUCGAGAACGGCGCGGGGAGGAGCCUACCACAACCCCAUCGCCCGCUUGGGCAUGAAAAGCAACGACAAGAAGGCCAGGACUCGCCUUCACGACAGAAAAACUACUACGAAGAUUGUAAUCGCGACGGGCACCAUAGACGGCAGUCGACGGCCAGAGGACGACAGUCAUCUACCGACUCGACUCUAUCGCAAAUCUUGGCCAAGACGGAAAUGCGUCUCGAGCAAGGAACCAUCACGGGCGUUGCACGAAGGAACCGGGCGGCUGCAUCGCCAGUCAAGAGGUGGAACACCGGCACUAGCAGGAGCAUGGAAAGCAUUAGCAAGCGCGGCCUGACAGGGGGUGACGAUGAUGGCCAUGACGACAGGGGCCGGCCGAAAGACGACCGCAGCCGAACACCAAGUCCAACAAAGUCUGGCAAGUCGCAGCCGUCUACACCUUACCAUACUCACGACCGCAAGGUUUCCGUUUCGUCUGACAUAUCAGAGCCAGAGAGCAUGUACAACCUCGCUGCAGUCGCUGAUGCGGACGAUGCGGAUGCCAUGGCAGGUCUACCCAGGGGUCUCUCAAGCCCCAGCAGGAGUCCAUCCCGUCAAGAAAUUCGACCUCAGCUAUCCUCUCCGCCAAGUAGCAUUUCAUCAUCGUUGUCUACAGUAUACAGCGAGGACGAGAGCAACAACAAUGAUAAUGACAACAUUACCCAGAUCACCAGCCACCCGUCAACCAGCAUUUCUGACAACGUAAACCAGACUGCGACUUCAGACCCUUUCUCAUCGGACGACUACAGCUCAAAAGCCAGCCAGAUAAUCUCAUGCAGUCCAGAAAAGCUACGGGUUGGGAAUGCACGAGUGGCUUCCGUUGGGCCGCCGAAGCUAGUGCUCAACCGACCACCAAAACUCCGAUCACCAAGCUCCUCGUCGAUUGAUCCACGCGAUGGCGGCAUGCCUCUGUCGACCAUCUCACCUAAUGGAAGCCCCAGACCCAGGACAUUCAGUGGUCAAUCACACAAGGAAUCGUCCCUGGAAAAUAGAGACGCCACACCAACACGCCAUAGAAACAGCAUUUUCCCAGCACCUACACUUUGGCAAGUUUCUCCUGUUAGCAGUGAUGAAGACGAAGCUGCCACGCCGCCAAAGCCAACUGUGGUGAUCACUAGCCCAAGCACCAUGAACUCCAGGCAGUCGCACUUCAGCCCAGGCAUGUUCAGCGAUAGGGACUUUGACAGCCCUUCGGCAGGCCGUGUCAAAGUUGUUCCACCUCCUAUGGACCUCAGAAUCGAGAACCUCGACAGGACGUGGUCGCCAACGCUUGGUUUCGAAGAGGAUGACUACGUUUCCAUCGUCACACCAAGUCCCCUGCCCAGCCCGAGCAUCCCCUCUUCAUCACAAGUCACUAGACCACCCGCCGAAGACUCCGCAUCUGAGAUGCAUGGACAGAGGGGUAACCGAACCCUCUCAACCGCCUCUUCGAUAUACUCACAGUAUACAGACGUCGUAAAUCUCGACAGGUUCGUUCCACAGUACCAGCCAGCCCAGCCACCGCUUCCAGAGGUUGUUGUCAUUCGGGAACGGAGUCCAUUCGAGGGAAAGGAUACGGUCAAGGUUAAAAAACGACGUGUUGAGCCAUCGCAACUUAGCGCUCGCAUGCCUGCCCGAUCAAGUACCCUGUUGAGCGAGCAAGCUGCCAGCCCUGCGUGCGGAAACAGAAAGUUCCUCAUGACAGGUGCCAUUGCGGAGCUUAGGCGGAUGAACAGCCAAGUGAGCUCGUACAGCAACUCGUCAUCGCAGCCAUCGACCGCGACCAAUAAUGGUCCUGUAAGCCCAACGCUGCCUCAACUGAGGGGUGGAGGCUUCAGUCCGUCGUCAAAAUCGGUCGGGUCGAGAAACUACUUGUCACUGGGGGAAGCCGUAGGCGGUGGUGAAGAAACAGAGGAGGCACCGCAGAAUCCGCAGCUAUCAUCACCACCACACUCGCCACCCAGUAGCAUAGUAACACCGCAUGGAUGUGCCAUGUCAAUCUGGGGUGGUUGCGAGGACCGGCAGUCGUCUUGCUCCCCGCCGGCCCAACGGUUGUCGGUCGAGGACAUGGACGACCAGCUGAUGCAGCUCAAGAUGCCCAAGUUAGAUUUUGACAGGUUCUCGGGCAGCUUCCGGGCAGCAAUUUCUGGGCGCUUCAUCAACGACUUUGGCAGACUCGAGAAGCGUAGCAGCGGACACGAGGGUACGGGCACACCCCUCUCCAGGUUUCCCGUCGGAUAUCAGCGCAACAUAUACGCAAGAAGUGCGAAUAUUGCGGCCAUGGAAGGGGCUGAUGUUAGUCCCGACCGGAGAAGUGUUGAUAGUCUAGGGUUAUAUGACCAGGACGGGUUUCUUAUUGCGUCUCCGGACCGAGCUCGCAUUCCGGCUCCCGGGAGGACUCAAGGGCUGAGGAUAUAA